UUAAAAGAUCCAGCAUCCUGUGUUUCAGAGGAAAACAUUAAAAGGUCCAUGAGAAAUGGGAGUCUGGAUUUUGUUUGCCUGCCUCUUGGGAGCAGCCUUCACUAUGCCUCUACCACCUCAUCCUGGGCACCCUGGUUAUAUCAACUUCAGCUAUGAGGUCCUUACACCUCUGAAAUGGUACCAGAACAUAAGGCAUCCGUACCCUUCCUAUGGUUACGAACCCAUGGGUGGAUGGCUGCACCACCAAAUCAUUCCCGUGCUGUCCCAGCAGAAUCUCCCGAGUCAUGCCCUACAGCCUCAUCACCACAUCCCCAUGAUGCCAGCACAGCAGCCCGUGGUCCCCCAGCAACCAAUGAUGCCUGUUCCUGGCCAACACUCCAUGACUCCAACCCAACACCACCAGCCAAACCUCCCUCUGCCAGCCCAGCAGCCCUUCCAGCCCCAGACCGUCCAGCCACAGGCUCACCAGCCCAUUCAUCCCCAGCCACCCGUGCACCACAUCCAGCCCCUGCCACCACAGCCACCUCUGCCUCCGAUGUUCCCCAUACAGCCCCUGCCCCCUAUGCUUCCUGACCUGCCUCUGGAAGCCUGGCCAGCAACAGACAAGACCAAGCGGGAGGAAGUGGUGAGUAACCCUUGA